AGUUUUACAGGUGCACAGAGCCACUACCGGAACAACGUGGGCUUUGGUAGGGUAGGUAAAAUGGGCUCGCUCAAUUCAUUAAUGAAGGACACGUAACCCUUCCCUUCCUUCUUUCCUUCCUUACCACUUCCAAUCUUCACACACAACCCAACCAUCCCUGUCUCUCCCUUCUUUUGCCCUCUGUCCUAACCAGCCUCCCCAGAUCUGUUACCUGCAUUUCCAGUGCAUCACACCUUAGCUUCAAGGCAUCACAAGUUGUAGAUACAAUUAAUACUCAAUAUGGAGCUGAGUGCUAUAAAAGACGCAUUUGACCGUGUUACUAAGAAGCAAAAGUUAUCUUGUUCCAAGACUCAAGAAGCAAUUGAUCUGAUCAGACAGGAAAUUGAGAGUGUUUUAGACACGCUGCAGUCAGUGAAUAACACUGACCAUGAACUUGAUUAUAAAACUGUCCUGAAUGAGCUUAAGGCCAGUUUACUUAAAAUUGCUCCACUUAGUCAAAUGGAAGGUACACAGAAGGAGCUAAAUUUAGCACUCACCAAGUAUGGGAAGCUUCAUGAGAAACAUUUCAACCCUGAUAUAUCCAAGGCUUACAGAAAUGUCGACAUUGAUAUACAUACAUUAAACCAAAUAAUUGCCAACCAUUUUUAUCGCCAGGGCCUUUUUGAGAUAGGGGACCAUUUUAUGAGUGUGGUUGGAGAGCUAGAAUCCGCAGCCAUUAUGAAAUCUCCAUUUCUGGAAAUGUAUCAAAUACUUGAAGCCAUGCAGAAUCUGAACCUAGAGCCAGCCCUCAACUGGGCUGCCACUAAUGGUGACAAACUUGCUCAAAGUGGAUCUGAUAUUGUGUUGAAACUUAACUCCAUGCAAUUUGUGAAAAUACUUCAAAAUGGAAGUAGAGAGGAAGCUCUUCAUUAUGCUCGAACACACCUUUCUCCUUUUGCUACCAGUCACAUGACUGAUAUUCAGAAACUUAUGGGCUGUCUUCUAUGGACGGGAAAGCUUGAUCGAUCUCCUUACCAUGCAUUACUAUCAGCAUCUAACUGGGAUAAGUUGGCCGAGGAACUUAAAAGGCAGUUCUGCAAUCUUUUGGGACAGUCGUAUAAUAGUCCAUUGAGCGUGACCGUAGCAGCAGGGGUCCAGGUUUUGCCACCUCUCCUCAAAUUUAUGAAUGUCAUGGCAGGGAAGAAGCAUGAAUGGCAAUCUAUGAACCAGUUACCGGUGCUGGUUGAGUUGGACCGUGAGUUCCAGUUCCAUUCUAUUUUCGUUUGUCCUGUCUCCAAGGAACAAGCAACUGAGGAUAACCCUCCGAUGUUAAUGUCCUGUGGCCAUGUCCUCUGCAAGCAGUCUAUCUUGAAGAUGUCCAAGAAUAGCACAAAAAUGUUUAAGUGCCCAUAUUGUCCCUUUGAUAUUGAUGCAGCACAGUGCAAGCAGCUAUAUUUCUGAUGUUUGAUGGAUUUGUAUGAAACUCUUGUAUAAACUGAAUCAUGUUUUAGCAAUAGUUGUAACCACGUUUGCAAAGGCCCAUUCCUUGUUGUGAUUUCUGUAUUAGUGUAUUUCAUAAAUUUGUUGUAAAUAUAAAUUAUUUUUUAAUCUGGA